GGGUGGGAGAUGCAACAAUGGCCUUGAGAACAGCAGGAAGUUUGUUGGUGGUCUUUCUCUGGUCUGUAGCAGUGGUACUGGGUCAGGAUGGCUGGACUGUGACUUACACCAAGAAUAGUAUCUGUGUCUUGAAGGGGUCUUCAGUGGAGCUGUCCUGCAUGUACACAUAUCCCAAUGGUACAGUUACAACAGCCUUCUGGUUCACUGAAUUGGGGACUGGUAAAGAACCUGACAGUCUAGGUCAGGACCCAGAGUAUGCAGGUCGUCUGGAGUAUCAUGGAGAUAAGAAGAAAGACUCUAUCCUGAAAAUCACAGACCUGAGAGAGAGUGACUCUGCUGAGUACAAAAUCAGAUUAAUAACAGAUCAGGCAGGAGGGAAAUAUAUUGGCAGUCCUGGAGUCACUCUGUCUGUCACAGGUCUUCAGGUGAAGGUGACUGGUAAGACACUGACCUGUAGCACCACCUGUACUCUGACUGACAACCCCACCUACAUCUGGUACAAGAACGGACACAAAGUAAAGGAGGACACUUCCAGCCUGUACUCAGACUACUUUAGUGAUGCAGACAGUUACUCCUGUGCUGUAAAAGGCCACAAGGAUCUCCACUCUCUUGCAGUGUGUAGGAACUGUUGGAUUGUGACUUACACCCAUCAGAGUAUCUGCGCCUUGAAGGGGUCAACAGUGGACAUAUCCUGCUCUUACACAUAUCCUAGUGAUCAUGAGAUCAAAAAUACUUUCUGGUUUACUAAAUGGGAGUCAGAUAUGGAUCCUGAAGAUCUGAGCUCAGUGCCAGGAUAUAAGGGUCAUAUAGAGUACCUUGGAGAUAUGAAGAGUGAGGGUACCCUGAGACUCACAGACCUGAGAGUGAGUGACUCUGCUGGGUACAGGUUCAGAUUGAUAACAUCCGGAGAAAAGUUUGCUGGCUCACCUGUCUCCCUGACUGUCACAGAUGUUGUGUUGGAGAUGGAUCCUACAUCUGUGUCAGAGAGUGAGAGUGUCACACUGACAUGUAGAACCAAAUGUACGCUGGACCCAAUCAAAGCAUUUAUUUGGUAUAAGAAUGGACAGCCUAUACCAAACAGCAAAACCUACUCUCCUGUCUAUAGCCAAUUCUCAGUCAGAAGUGAGGAUACAGGCAGAUACUCCUGUGCUGUAGAAGGCCAUGAGGAUCUCCCCUCUCCUGAAGAGACUCUCACGGUCAGAUAUGGACCAAGGAACACCUCCGUGUCAGUCAGUCCCUCUGGUGAAAUAGUGGAGGGCAGUUCAGUGACUCUGACCUGCAGCAGUGAUGCCAACCCACCUGUGGACAAAUACACCUGGUACAAGAAGAAUGUAGCCUCACCAAAAGCAUCAGGACAGAGUUACAGCAUCACUAACAUCAGCUCUGAGGACAGAGGAGAAUACUACUGUGAGGCUAGCAACGUUGAAGGGACAAAGACUUCCAUCUCUGUCCAUAUUAAUGUUAUGUCAGUGUUUCCCUGGGUUCCUUUGGUGGGGGUGGUGGGGGCUGUCCUGACUGUUGGAGCUCUUCUAGUCACAAUCUACUACUAUAUGAAGAGGAGAUCCACAGGAGGAAGUGAUGCCACAACAGACACACAGAGUGUCCAUCAGGACCCUAACAGUGACACGUACACAGGUCUGAACAUGAAGACCUGGUCACCUGACUACGACACUCUGGAAAGUGUCCAUCCUGACCCUAACAGUGACAUGUGCACAUCUCUGAAGAAGAAUACCAGAAUGUGAGAGACUCACCCAGUGACACAUCCCCUCAUAUAGAUAGUGAACCACCACAGAACCUGGACUGAAGAGAACCACCACAGAACCUGGACUGAGGAGAACCA